UAUGAACAAAGUUCUCAGAUUCUUCAUUAUUUUAUGGAAGAUAGCUUUCGAUUUGCUGUCUGAUCUUUUAGCGUAUUUUAAAGUCAACCUCAUAACCUUAAAUAUUAAAACUCUUUGCUCAAACAUCUCCAAAGAGGCUUCCAGCGAUUUAUUGAGUAAUGAUUAUCUAAUUGAAAAUCUGAAUUAUCUCUUUAAAUACAAUACGGAUAGAAUUGAAAAUCCCUGUUCAUCCAGAUUAUUUGCUAAAAUAUGGAUAAGUGGCCUAUUAGAGCAGAGAGCUCGAGUAAAGAACUACAUUAUGGCAAAUCCAAGUGUUCGUAAAGUUCCUCUAAACAGACCUGUAUUCAUUAUAACGCUUAUCAGAACUGGUAGCACAUUUUUACACUGUCUUCUGGAAAAUGAUCAUAGAUGGAAAUGUCCAAAGCUAUGGGAACUAGAAGAUUUCGCUCCGCCUCCAGGCGAUAAAAACGAUCAAGUGAGAAUUAAGAGAUGUCAAUUAAAAUGGGAAUUUGCAGCGGCGAUUAUGGGCUGGGAUGAAAUAAAAAGGACUCAUAAUUUUGAUCCUGAAAAACCUGAAGAUUUUCUAUUGCUUUAUCACAUGGAUAUGAAAUUUCCUAUACCUAUGAAUAAUACUAUGCUAAGCAAAGAAUAUACUAAUUUCAUAAGGAAUAGAAAUAAAAAAGUGACAAAAAUUUAUGAUGAAAACCUAAAGACAAAUUUGCAAGUCCUAUGCAAAAAUAGUGAUAUGAUUAAUAGAAGAUUAAUGGGUAUGUUGCACGUUUCGUCUGCCAAUUUGGAAACUCUAUUAGAGACUUUUCCCGAUGCUCAAAUUAUUACGAUACAUAGAGAUUCGGUAAGCCUUGUAAAGUCGGCAUGCACUUUACAUCACCUGAAUUCAAAAAGUUGCCAUAGGUAUUUUAAUGAUGAUAAACUAGGAACAGGUAUGAGAAUUAUGGACAUCUUAAAUCAUGAUAGUAAAAAACUAGUUGAAUGGAGAAUGAAUGCCAGUUUAUAUCAUAAAGAAUAUCCUAGAUUCGUUGAUAUCUAUUUUGACGAUUUAGUUAAGCAACCUAUGGAAACCGUAAAUUAUAUUUAUCAACAUUUAGGAAUGGAUAUGAUCCCUGAAGUCUGGCAAGCAAUGUCCAAUUAUUUAGCGACUCACAAGAACUCAAAGAGUAAUCCGACAGUGCUAGGGGAAUACGGUCUCAGCGAGAGCAAUAUAAAGCAGACCCUGAGAACCUAUUCGGAAUUUUUUAAGGUGAAGGACAAAUGUUGA